CUCAAUUUCGAAUUCGACAUUGCACUUACAUAACCUAACCUCGAAAUUUUGACAGUUGUCUGCAAGUAUUAGCGAAUAUUUUUCCAUCCGCUAAACAGGCUAAACUUAAAGCGACAAAAUGGCUGGAGAUUCACAUGCUGAGGAUGCGAAAUUGUCUGGACUGUCGAAACAUUUCAAUGGCUCCACAAUGCGUGGUCGCGCAAAUGUGGCUAAGGCUACUUAUGCUGUGAUCGGUCUCAUCAUUGCCUACAAUGUUGUCAAACCCAAGAAGAAGUAGAGCAGUUCAACAGUUCUUUAAAGCCAAAACAUAGCGAUACUAAUCAAUUCGUAAUGUUGUUAGUGACAGCUGCAGCAUUGCUGUGCUUGUGGGAAGUUGACGACAUAGCUUGUUGUGGGGGAAUUUAUUGCUUAAUUUGCGGCUGGAAUUAUGCGUUUCUUAAAAAGUGAAAUAAAAUUGUAUUGAACGUAAAAUCAA